AUGGGUAUAAGUCGAGGUACCUGGCUGGGCACGCCUCCAUCGCGAACCCGACCUGUUCACAAGGUUUUAAACCGACUUUUCCUCGUCCGCGAUCCAGUUGCAGGGAACACGACGCACUUCUCCUCUGUUGGUCCAUCCAAUGCGACUCUUGCUGCUCCACGCUCUCACCACACUCUAAAUUACUCUCCUGCGCCUUCCCCGAAGUCCGCUCCUUCGAGUCCUACUCCUCAUCAACGACUAACAACAAGUCUCGGUCGGUCCCAUUACACCACCACUAUCCGUACUCCUCACGCUCGUCUGCUUCGCCCCGGAGCUCCAACGACUACUAAUUGCCUCGUCCCGUCGCCCACUCUCGCCUCCUCUUUCUUCUCCGCACAUCUCCCACCGACACAUGCGCCGGUAAUGUCAAUGGCGUCGUAUCCCUUCAGUUCAGCCAGCUCCUCAGACAUCUCUACGCCCCGGUCCGCCUCACCGUCGCCAUCGUCCGUCGCUUCUAUCCGCUCUUCCCGCUCUUCUAUAUCUAACAAGCGCAUGUCCAUGUCCAGUCGCAGGAUGACUGACUUCAAUCCCAUGUCUUCUGUUGACAUCAACGCCAUUGAGGAGAAGAUGAGAAUGGCCUCCCUUGAUCAGCACCGCGGAUACUCCCAGAACACCUUUGGCGAGGUCCAGCAAUACCGUACCACCGAGUACGUGCCCAAGACCCAGGCCACCGCCUACCAGAUCCUGCGCGAGCCCCUCUGGAACAAAGCCUCCCUUCUUUUCCUCCAUCCCCCUACCCAACACUGUUCUGAGUCCUUCACCUUACCCCGCAUGGCUUCUCUACUCUCACGACGCGUGUGUCGUCUCCCUCUUCGACUUCUGCCUCGUGCCCCCAUCCACACCUCGUCACAGCUAACCGCCAUGGUCGAAUCAGGCCUGUCUUUCACCCCCGAAGAGCGCGUCACCAGGAAUCUCACCGGUCUCAUCCCCCACACCAUGGAGAGCCUCCAGACGCAGUGCCAGCGGGCCAUGAAGAUGAUCAACACCCGCCAGACCGACGUCGACAAGUACCUCUACCUGUCGUCGCUCAAGGCCCAAAACUUUGAUCUCUUCUACCGCCUGCUCAUGGACAACAUCCGCGAGCUCAUGCCCCUCGUCUACACCCCCACCAUCGGCGACGUCUGCCUGCAGUACUCGACCCUCUACACCCGCCCCGAGGCCCUGUACAUUUCGAUUAAGCAGCGAAAGUCCAUCCGCACCAUGCUCCGCAACUGGCCCUACCCCAACCCCCAGAUCUGCGUCGUCACGGACGGCUCCCGUAUUCUGGGUCUCGGCGACCUCGGCGUCAACGGUGUUGGUAUCUCGAUCGGUAAGCUUGCACUGUACACCGGCGCCGCCGGCAUCCACCCCGAGAACACUCUGCCCAUUGUCCUCGACACCGGCACCAACAACGAGACCAACCUGAAGGAUCCCUUUUACCUUGGCAUCCGUUCCAAGCGCGUGUCCGUGGCGGAGCAGCAGGCGUUCAUGGACGAGUUCAUGGAGGCCGCCACCGAGGUCUAUCCUAAUAUGACGGUCCAGUUCGAGGAUUUUGAGUCCGAGAAGGCCUUCAACUACCUCGACCGCUACCGCAACAAGUACCGCUGCUUCAACGAUGACAUUCAAGGCACCGGCGCCGUCGUCCUCGCCGGAUACAUUAACGCCGUCGAGCUCUCGGGUGUUCCUCUUGAGGAGCAGCGCCUCGUCUUCAUGGGUGCCGGCUCCGCUGGUGUCGGUGUCGCCAAGCAGCUCGUCGAGUACUACACCAAGCGCGGCCUCAGCGAGCAGGUGGCCAGGGACAAGUUCUGGCUUGUCGACACCAAGGGCCUCGUCACUAAGGACCGCGGCGACAAGCUCGCCGAACACAAGAAGUACUUUGCCCGUACCGACAACAACGGCCACCAGUUCCGCACGCUCGAGGAGGUGAUUGAGUACGUCAAGCCCACUGCGCUUGUCGGCCUUACCGCCACCUUCGGCGUCUUCACCGAGUCUGUUGUCCGCGCCCUCAAGGCCUCUGUCGACUCUGGUGGUCUCGGCCGCCGCCCCAUCCUCUUCCCUCUCAGCAACCCUCUCACCAAGGCCGAGUGCACCUUCGAGCAGGCCGUGCAGUGGACCGACGGCACCGCAAUCUUCGCCUCGGGAUCACCCUUCUCCCCCUUUACCAUGAAGACCCCCGAUGGCCAGGCCAUCACCUACCACCCCAACCAGGGCAACAACGUUUACGUCUUCCCUGGACUGGGUCUCGGCGCCAUCCUCGCCAAGGCCUCCAAGGUCACGGACGACAUGGUUUACACCUCGGCCGCCGCCCUCGCCGCGUCCCUCAACGCCGACGAGAUCCACAAGGGUCUCAUCUACCCCCGCAUUGAGCGUGUGCGUGACGCAAGCAUCAUUGUCGCCCGCGAGGUGAUGAAGUCGGCCCGCCGCGACGGCGUCUCCACGUUGCCCGAAUCCCAGUGGGUCGAGUGGGAGGAAUGGGGUGACGUUGCUCUCGACGCCUGGAUCAAGGAGCGCAUCUACGACCCCAUCAGCUUCUCCGAGAAGAGCCGUAUCUAG